AUGAAGAAGGAGCUGCUCCAGGCUGUGGCCAACUCGCGCAGACCGGGUGCCGACGGUGUCAGAGCGAAGCGCGCCGUCCUGGACGCGACCGAGGCUCUGGAGUCGGGGGUGGACGCGUCGACCCCGUUCGGGGAGGUGUCCGGGAGGUGGAGCCUGGUGUACUCCACGAAUGACGACAGGGGACCCCCCGGGUUGGGCCCUCUGCAGGGUGUAAUAGACACGGACGCGAUACAGAAGCUGACGUCCCAACUUUAUCAGGUGUUCUUCACCUUCCUUCCCGCUCUCGCCGGGUCCGCGGAGACUGGCGCCAAGGGGGUGGCGAACGAGCAGGUGGUCGACAUCCCCAACGGGCGCGUGGUGAACAACGUGGACGUGGAUCUGCCUUGGCCCAUCGGGGGGGCGAGGGUCGGGGUCAUGGGCGAGGUGACUGCGAACGACCCCGAGGGACGGGAAGUGGUGGUCACGUUCACGAGCUGGGAGCUCGGGCCGAAGCCGGGGCAGCGGGACCGGGGCGGGGAUCCCCCGCGGCUGCAACUGCCGCUGCCGCGACCGAAGGGUGUACUGCGAAACACGUUUUGCGACGACACGCUCAGGAUAUCUCGAGGCGGAAGGGGUGGCGUGUUUAUCACGUCGAGGUUAUGA